AGACAUGGAAUUUGAGAGCCAACUUGUUUUCUUGAGCGGUGUGAGAUCCUCCAGCCUUCACUGCUCUCAGAAAAUGGCAAUGAUUUUAGAUGCCUUCAUAGAAGCAUGCAUUGACAAACUUGUGGAAGUUGCAAAGGAAGAGAUAUCCAUGUUGCUAGGCGUUGAGAACGAGCUCAAGAAGCUUCAGAGAAGAAUGGAAAGGAUAGCAGGCUAUCUCGAAUCUGCGGAGCAGAAGAGGUAUACAGACCGAAAUAUCAAUACAUGGGUGAUGUUGAAAGAUAUCGCGUAUGAUGCUGAAGAUAUCGUUGAACGUUGUAAGAUCGAGGGCAGAAAAUUGUUGGAAGAUCGUCCACCCAAAUCAGCGGUACGCCAUUACGGUAUAUCUUUAUUUUCUUACUUUAGCUGCUUGAAGUUCCGCCAUAUAAUUGGUAAUGAAAUUAGAACGCUUAAUGAUAGGUGGAAUGAGAUUGAAAAAGAUAGAUCAAAUGUAUUAUCUACACUAGAAUACACUAGGCAAGGUGAUCAAGUGAGGGGGGUAAAUAAUCGUCAGACUUUUUCUAUGGAGAUAUUGUAGGGACACAAAUUGAAGAGGCUACCCGGAGUCUCG